AUGAUGAGAGUGCUGCUUGCCGUACUGCUUUUGGUUUAUGCCAUAGUUGCAUUUCAACCACCUACAAUUGAUGUCAACGACCAUUUGGUUCAGGAUCAUGCUAGUAUUGGUAGAUUUGUUGAGUUGAUGGAGCAUGACACACUUGUACUCAAAUGUCAUGGUCGAUUUGACGAUCUGAAGUACACAUUUCCAAAUUUAAAUGAACAUCGCGGAUACAAUGAAUCAGGGUUCGAAGACCGUGUUGAAGAAACAAUUGACGAAGCGUUUGGAGAUACCAUGCUCACAAUCAACGAUGUCCGAGAAUCCGAUACUGGCACGUAUUCCUGCAUUUCAAUGGAACAUCCAUCAUUGAACGACACUCUCCACGUGUUUGUCUAUGGAUCAAGAGUUUUCCUUCCACUCACAUCAGUGAUGAUUAUGUACAACGAAGGAGAAGUGAUGAUGCCGUGUAAAACCACCAAGUUUGUCGACAAAAAUGAUAUAGAACUCUACGCUAACGAAGUUCUAGUGAAAGCUGCGUCAAAAAAUUAUGACCAACGGUACGGCUACAAAAUCACGAAAAAGCUCUACGACGUGAAACCAAUUCAAGGCGUUAAGUUUGAGUGCCGUCACAAAAAAGAACCACGUCAAGAAGUCGACUACAUAAUUUCUGAAAACGUCAGAAGUUCAAAUACUGACAACGACUUCAAUUUUUAUUGGAGCAAUGGACAUGAGUGGCCAUAUGUUGGAUACAACUACACUUUGAUCUGUAAUCUUGCAUACAAUGGUACACAAGAAUUCAAAGCUUACGAGAAUAACCUCCAUAUCGAGUGCCCACAAUGCUCAAAUGUUGCAGGGAGUCACGUUUAUGUUGAACGCAACAAAAAAGCAAAUGAAAAUAGACUGGUGGCAAAGCUUCAUAUUGCACACUUGGAAUUAGAAGACACUGGUUCUUAUAAAUGCAUUUGGAAAAAUGAAUACACCGAUGACAAAUUCAUUGAAUAUCACUUAUCGAAUAUCUCUCCGACAAGAUCUCAAAUCAAGAUUCUUGAAAGAAGUCCACAAAUUCUCAGGAUCAAAGAAGGUCGUUCCACUGCUUUGUCUGCGAAGUUUGCUGUUUUUCCCGCCGAUGAAGAGAGUUACACAGCAACAUGGAGUAGAAUGUACAACUCUUCGAUAAAAGACGGACCACAAAGUGAAACAAUUAUCACUGAUGAGAAACGCACUAUUUCUGCUGAGGAUUUAAAGAAUGGAGUAUUUACGGAGACAUUGAAUCUCAGUAGUGGAUCUGUAACAACCAGUAUGAGUGGAACGUACCGGCUGUCAAUUUCACAUAUAAACAGCAGCCAUAGUGUGCAAUGGGAGGUGGCAAUUGAAAAUGAUGAGCCAGAUGUGCAAAUUACGGUCCGUGAACCGUCUUCGUUCAUUGUUUUCAACCAGCAAUUUUAUCCACCCGAUACACACCUUCACAUUGAUUGCAUCUCAAUUUCCAUCCCUCCGGCAGAUGUUGUUUUUGAGAGAAAAGACACUGAAACAGGAGAAUUCCAAGCAAUUGAUUCAAGUCUUUUGAUAGAAGUGGGAGGAACAUACGAGAAAGGUUUUAUUUGGAAUAUGACACUGACAGAAGAUGUUGAGUUGAGAUGUGUUAGUGAGAAACAUGGAAAGAAACACAUAACCAAAAAAUCCAUUAUUGUGGCUGACGAAGCAUUGAAAGUAAAUUCAAAGAUUACGAAAAGCAAGAAAGCAACUAAAUCAGAAGAAGAAGACAAUGCGAUAUACGAAGGAGAUCACGUCAGACUCACGUGUGUUGUUCCUACUGGUGCAGUCGAUUGGGAUGUUUCAUGGCGUUUUGAGGGAAAUGACCUUCCGUCAUCAGAAACCAAAGUCAAAGGACAUUCUAAACACGUCACCCUUCAAAUUGAAGACAUUACGACCAGUUCAAGUGGGAAAUAUUUCUGUGUUGUUAAAAAAGGUGGUUCUGAGGAACUUCUUGAAACUGUUGUCAAAGUGGAGAGCAUUUCAAAGCCACACCACACCGAUGCUGAUUCUCAAUCAAUCGUUGCAGUCAAUUAUGACGAGACUUUUGUCAUAAAUUGUAACAUGGCAGGUAAACCAGCAGCCGAAUUCACGUGGUUCAAAAAUGGCAACCCGUACACGCAUGGAGAACAAAUUGGGUCUUUGUUGAAAGUGACAAGAGCACGCGCUGAAGAUGAUGGACAAUUCCAUUGCUUGGCUACGAACCGAGCGGGAGCAACAAGUAAUUAUAUUGAAGUCAAAGUGGACGGAGUUCCGAAAGGAUCGUCAUUCUUGUACUGGUUUUUUGUUUUCAUUGUUUUUCUGGCAGUCGUCGCCAUCUGUUUUCUGGUUUAUAAAGUUAGUAGCUGGAAGAAACUGGCAAAACAAAAGGACAUUACACUCAACGAGUUAUAUAACAUGAUUGAACACAAUGCGGGACCGUUGCCAGAGGAAAUGAAAGCAUUGCCAAUCGAAGAACGAACAUAUUAUCUUCCUUACAACACGAAUUAUGAGAUUGACCCUGUCAAUCUGGAACUAUUGGAACCAUUGGGCUCAGGUCAUUUUGGAGUUGUCAAGAAGGGAUACUUGCAAAUGGCAGAUCCUAAAAGUCAGAUUGAAUACAAAACUCGUUUGCCAGUUGCUGUUAAAAGCUCCACGAACCCAUAUAAUGUUGAGCUGCAAAGAAUGAUGGCAGAAGAACUCAAAAUUAUGUGUGCUAUUCCAAAACAUCCGAACGUACUUGCUCUGGUUGGAGCUGUCACCGCAAACAUGAGAAAAGGUCAACUUUUCAUUGUCACCGAGUACAUAGAUGGUGGUAGUUUGAAAGAUUACCUUUUUAAUCAUCGAGCUUUUUUCAAGAAUGAGCUUGUUGAGGAUGAGGAAAUUCCGGUUGACGACAGUUACAUGGUACCGAAUAGUGUGAAGAAGAAGAAAUAUAAGUUUGAAGACGAUUCCGAAGCAAGUGAACAAUUGUUGAGUGGUGAAACAAAUUAUCUCUGCACAUCUGAUCUACUGUCGAUUGGACUUCAAAUUGCCAAUGGAAUGGAAUGGCUCGCUAAUGUCCCAUGCGUUCACCGUGAUUUGGCUUGUCGUAAUGUUCUGAUCACCAAAACAAAAAUUGUCCGUAUUGCUGACUUCGGACUUGCCAAAAGACACACCAACAAGAAUUACUACAGAACAAAGAAAAGCAAAGACACUCCACUUCCAGUCCGUUGGCUACCGGAAGAAUCAUUCGAUUUAUUCAAAUUUAACGAAAAAUCCGACGUGUGGUCAUUCGGAAUAUGUCUCUAUGAAAUUUUCACUCUUGGAGGAACGCCAUAUCCAGGCAUGGAUAACUUGGCUGUUGUCAAGUUUGUUAGAGAAGGUCACCGGAAUACUCAACCAGAGUACUGCCACGACGAUAUCUUUGAGUUGAUGAAAAAGUGCUGGCAAGAAUCCCCAAAGGAUCGACCAACCUUCUCCGAGUGCAUUCAGCAUUUCAAAAAUCAUAUGGAAGGGUGUGCCAGCUCACUGAUUGAUCGGAUCGACAACAUGUUGCACAUGGAGAGAGAGGAGCAACUGAAACUCGAGGAGUGGACCCAAAAAUCUCGGCCAGAUAUUCCUGGUGCCAGAUUCAAGAAGUCACCGAAAAAGCAGGCUGCUGAAGAGAGAUACUUGAUUGUGGAAAGUCAUGCCUAA